AUGGUUCUGCUCUACAUACGAAGGAGGCUCACGCACGCGCUGCAGACUCUAGCAAGGCAUCUGGGCGCGCCGCCGGCGUCUCCCACGCCUUUGACCAGCGAGUGGAUCAGCACACGCUGCGAGGGUCUUGACGCGAGCGCUGCUGUCGUCGUAGAGAUCGCGCUGGACGAAGAGAGCGGCGAGAACGGGGCCGUCGCGCGCGUCGCGCUCGGCGGCGAGCGUCUGGUCGUCAAGCGCCCGCCGGCGUCGCCCGCGGCGAGGGCCGUGGCCGCGAUCCAGCAGUGGUACGCGCGAGAGGCUGUGUGGAAAUCAAAAUUUUACGGCGCGUUCGUGCUGAAUCUUCGCGUCGACCUCCACGCCAUCGACGCGACGCCUGCUCGAUGGCGUGGCGAUGCCGGUUCUUCACCGCUCGACCGAGCCAGGACGGCCGCGUCAUCGCCGAGAAAUGACUUAGUGAAGAAUUGUCGGGUGCACCCGACGCACUGGUUGAUUUCCACACAGGCGAGAGGUGCACUGGUACGCGGCGCUCGCGCCGAUCGCGGGCGUACGCUGCCCGCGGUGCCACUGCGCGCGCUACGACGCGCUCACCGGCGAGUACGUCCUCGUGCUCGAGGACCUGCGGGCGGCGGGCUGCCGGCCGCUCGCCGUCGCGGAGGCGACGGCGGCGGCGACGACGCUCGGCCGCCUCCACGGCCGCUUCGCGGACGUCUUCGACGACGACGCGCGCCGCGAGAUUGUGCGCGGGCCCUUACCGAUCAUGCCCAUCACGCUGGCACUCGCCAUCCCGAUCGAGAAGUUCUUCAGAGACUGCUGGAAAGCGGUCCGAGGCGAGCGACGCUACGCGCUCGCGGAGCUCCUGGCGGACCGCGGCGAGGCCGCGGGCCCCGCCGCGAUCGGUCUCCUCGACGCCCUCGCCGCGCCGGGCGCGUACGCGUCGAUGACCGAGGCCCUGGCAGCGCCGCCCCGGACCCUGCUCCAUGGCGACUUCCGGCCCGAGAACAUGAUGGUCGAGGACGCGACGGGCGAGGUCGUGGUCUAUGACUGGCAAUUCGCGUCGGUCGGCAACGGUGCGUAUGACCUCGCCUACUUCUCGGCUCUGGUGGCGGACCCGGACGAUCGGCGCCGCCUCGACCCGGAGCUCCGGCGGGCCUACGUGUCGGGGCUGGCCGGUAGCGGCGCGCCGGUGCCCCGCGACCUCGAGCGCGACCUUCGUUAUGGGUGCCUCCUCGCGCUCGCGUCCUUCGUCAUGGGUGCGGCUGUUGCCGGCGACGACGCAGCCUCGGUCGAGACGCACCGCCGGGGGCUUCGGCGCCUCGCGGCGGCGGCGCUGGACUGGGGCGCCGCGGUAAGUGACCUGUUCUGUCACUGCUAUCGUUAA